AAUAACUCAUUUUCAACACACCGCCAUCUCCGAUCGUCGCCGCUCUUUCUUUUCUUUCUCUUUUCUCUCUUUCCAUCUUUUAUUCCCUUUCUUUCUCUUCAGCGCCUCCACCGACUCGGUUUCUGACUUGCCCUAAGUCAUCGCCGGUCCAGGCCGGUUCGGUUCGAAUCCGCCAUGGAGAUCGCGCACGAGCCACCGCCUUCUCUCGACGGCAGCCCUAUCGCCGCCGAAACUGUUGCAAACUCUCCGCCGUCGUCGUCUUCCUCUUCCUCCCCUUCGUCUUCUGCCUCCUCUCUGGCUUCGUCACCUCGCGCUGCAAAAGGAAAGGAGAUCGAAUCAACCGCAUCGUCGGCAGCGCCGGCGCCGGCGGCUUCGCCUACUGCUAGGUAUGAAGACGAUGACGAGGAGGAAGAGGACGUGUGCCGGAUAUGCAGGAACCCUGGCGAUGCCGAGAACCCUCUCCGGUAUCCUUGUGCGUGCAGCGGGAGUAUCAAGUUUGUGCAUCAGGAUUGUCUCCUUCAGUGGUUGAAUCACAGCAACGCUCGCCAAUGCGAGGUCUGCAAGCAUGCAUUCUCGUUUUCUCCUGUUUACGCUGAGAAUGCCCCAGCUAGGUUACCGUUUCAAGAAUUUGUGGUUGGAAUGGCAAUGAAAGCUUGCCACGUUCUGCAAUUCUUCUUGCGCCUGAGCUUUGUGCUAUCCGUGUGGCUCCUAAUUAUACCUUUCAUAACAUUCUGGAUAUGGCGAUUAGCUUUUGUAAGAAGUUUCAGUGAAGCCCAGAGGCUAUUCCUAAGUCAUUUAUCAACAGCAGUUAUUCUGACUGAUUGCCUCCAUGGUUUCCUGCUUUCUGCAAGCAUUGUCUUCAUAUUUCUUGGGGCCACUUCUCUGAGAGAUUACUUUAGGCAUUUGCGAGAAAUUGGGGGACAGGAUGCUGAUAGGGAAGAUGAAGUGGACAGAAAUGGAGCGCGAAUUGCUAGAAGAGCUCCUGGACAAGCUAAUCGUAAUAUUAAUGGUGAUGGGAAUGGUGAAGAUGCUGGUGGAGCACAAGGAAUUGCAGGAGCUGGACAAGUGAUUAGAAGAAAUGCUGAAAAUGUUGCUGCACGGUGGGAGAUGCAAGCAGCACGUCUUGAGGCCCAUGUUGAGCAGAUGUUUGAUGGUCUGGAUGAUGCUGAUGGAGCAGAGGAUGUGCCCUUUGAUGAACUUGUCGGCAUGCAGGGUCCAGUUUUUCAUUUGGUUGAGAACGCAUUUACUGUGCUUGCAAGCAAUAUGAUUUUCCUUGGUGUUGUAAUCUUUGUGCCCUUCUCAUUGGGUCGCAUCAUACUCCAUUAUCUAUCUUGGUUCUUCUCAACUGCUAGUGGUCCUGUAAUAUCUGCUAUGGCCCCACUUACUGACGCAUCUCUUUCCCUAGCAAAUAUUACGUUAAAAAAUGCAUUAACAGCUGUUAAGAAUUUGUCAUCUGAGACUCAAGAAAGUGGAUCAAUUGGUCAGGUUGCAGACAUGCUGAAAGCGAAUGCUAGUGGAUUGAGUGAAAUGGCAAACAACAUAAGUGAAUCUGCCUCGUCAGAUCUCUUGAAAGCAGUGUCAAUUGGAACUUCAAGGCUUUCAGAUGUUACUACUUUAGCAAUAGGAUAUAUUUUCAUAUUGAGUCUAAUUUUCUGCUACUUUGGUAUUGUUGCUUUGAUUCGUUACACGAAGGGUGAGCCUUUGAUGAUGGGAAGAUUCUAUGGUAUUGCUUCUAUAGCAGAAACAAUUCCAUCUCUCUUCAGGCAGUUUUUGGCAGCAAUGAAGCACUUGAUGACUAUGGUUAAGGUUGCUUUCCUUUUGGUUAUUGAACUUGGGGUAUUCCCCUUGAUGUGUGGAUGGUGGCUUGAUGUUUGCACCAUACAGAUGUUUGGGAAGACAAUGGUUCACAGAGUUCAGUUCUUCUCUGCAUCACCUUUAGCCAGUUCCCUAGUUCACUGGGUUGUGGGGAUUGUGUAUAUGCUACAAAUUAGCAUAUUUGUCAGCCUUCUUAGAGGGGUUUUGCGCAAUGGGGUUCUGUACUUCCUUCGGGAUCCAGCUGAUCCAAACUACAAUCCGUUCCGUGAUCUGAUUGAUGAUCCUGUCCACAAGCAUGCUCGCAGGGUUCUGUUAUCUGUUGCAGUUUAUGGCAGUUUGAUUGUGAUGCUAGUAUUUUUGCCUGUUAAACUUGCCAUGCGGAUGGCUCCUUCUAUUUUCCCACUUGACAUAUCGGUUUCUGAUCCAUUCACUGAAAUCCCAGCGGACAUGCUUCUCUUUCAGAUUUGUAUCCCAUUUGCUAUUGAGCAUUUUAAAUUGCGGACAACUAUUAAAUCCCUGCUUCGAUACUGGUUCACAGCAGUUGGUUGGGCACUUGGUUUAACUGAUUUCUUACUGCCUAGACCUGAUGACAAUGGUGGUCAAGAAAAUGGAAAUGGGGAACCAGUUAGGCAGGACAGGCUACAGGUUGUACAAGCAGGAGUGCACGAUCAGGGUAUGGUGGCCUUUGCAGGGGAUGAUUUGAAUAGGGUUAUUAAUGCAGCAGGUGAUCCAAAUGCGGCAGAGGAUUAUGAUAAUGAUGAACAAUCUGAUUCUGACAGUUAUGCUUUUGCACUUCGCAUUGUUCUACUACUGGUGAUAGCUUGGAUGACCCUGCUUGUCUUCAACUCUGCCCUGAUAGUUGUACCAAUUUCACUUGGACGGGCACUUUUCAAUUCUAUUCCACGUCUGCCCAUAACGCAUGGCAUUAAGUGCAACGAUCUGUAUGCAUUCGUAAUUGGAAGCUACGUGAUCUGGACUGCUGUUGCUGGAGUUAGAUACUCGAUUGAGCAAUUAAAAAAAAGGAGGGCCUCAGUCUUGUUUGGCCAAAUAUGGAAGUGGUGUGCCAUUGUUAUGAAGAGUUCUGCACUUUUGUCUAUAUGGAUAUUUGUCAUCCCGGUGCUAAUUGGGCUUCUCUUUGAGCUUUUGGUCAUCGUGCCAAUGAGAGUUCCAGUGGACGAAAGUCCUGUGUUCCUCCUCUAUCAAGACUGGGCUUUAGGCCUUAUAUUCCUAAAGAUAUGGACAAGAUUGGUUAUGUUAGACCACAUGAUGCCUCUUGUGGAUGACAGCUGGCGAGUAAAGUUUGAGAGAGUGAGAGAAGAUGGUUUCUCCAGGCUACAAGGCCUUUGGGUCCUUCGGGAAAUUGUACUUCCAAUCAUAAUGAAACUAUUGACAGCAUUGUGUGUACCUUAUGUUCUUGCCAGAGGUGUGUUUCCGGUACUUGGGUAUCCAUUGGUGGUCAAUUCUGCUGUAUAUCGGUUUGCAUGGUUGGGAUGCCUCUGUUUCAGUUUCUUGUGCUUUUGUGCCAAGAGAUUUCAUGUUUGGUUUACGAAUCUUCAUAAUUCAAUACGCGAUGACCGGUAUCUCAUUGGCCGGCGGUUGCACAACUUUGGAGAACAUGUCGAGAAGGCAAAUGAAGUGGGAGCUUCUACAGGUGUGCCGGAUACAAUUUUAUCUGACCACGAAGUAGAUGUUGGACUUAGGCUGAGGCGCAUAAAUCAACAGGCAGGCUGAGAUGUAUUUCAGGUAUGAGAACUUGUUAAACCUCAUGCCUGUUGGUUCUGCUCAUGAAUCGGUAAUGUAUAAUUAUGCACCUUCUUUGGAUAGUUAUUACAACAUCUGUCACAACACCUGUACUUCAGUCGAGAAAAAACAGUAUGUUUUGCACAAUAAUUUAGCUAAUGGUAGGAAAAUAAAGGUAGAAAUUAUUUACUUUUUGUUUUUUUAUGUUUUUGGGUUGUUGAAAGAAGGAAGCGGGUAGCAUGUUGGAGUCUGGGUUGCCUUUCGAAAUGUUUGGAUUAUCGUGGUUUGAAGUAGACAUGAGGAUGUAGGAUCAUGAAAGUUAACCAUAACCUGUAUACAAAAGUUCCUAGGGUGUUCCAACGUGAACUUCUGAUGGGUAGCUAGAAGGUUACUUUUAGGGAAUGAAAGCAAGGUUAAUUUGAAUAGAUGUUUAGUUAGCGUUUAAUUUUUUGUCAUGGGCACAAGGUCUUCAAUUACCGGAGAAACCUUUUUAUUCUUUGAUACAA